GGUUUCAGCCAACGCCGCGAGUAGAUCUCUGCUGUUGUUGUUCUUUCCCUUUCGUGCGAUCGCGAUCGAGUCGUAUCUGAGCGUAGUAAAACAAAGAGCUAACGCGAUGACCGGUUUCUUAAAGCCGUUACUCUGGUGCCUGUUACUAGCAGUCGCGAUCCAUACGAUUCCAGCCGCCCACGGCCAACAAACCCAGGAUGAUACGGAAGUGGAAAGAAACCCAAAUUCGACCUACCUGCCGUGUUGGAGUUGUGUUUCGAAGUACAAAACCUGGACCGACUGUCAAAAUAGCAACGAAAUGGAGGACUGCGAACUGGCACAGGGAGAAUCGAAAGAGUCAAUGGCCUGCAUGAAGAGCACGGUCAACAUCCGAAUUACCGAUGGGGACUCGUACUUCUACCGGAUCGCCGGGUGUGCUCUGAACGAAAGUGCCCUCCAGCAGGCCUACUACGAUCAGUUCGAGGUCAUGUUCAACCAAACCGGCGAAACCAACGUCACACUGGUGGAGUUCAGCACCUGUCAGGGAAUGAUGUGCAACGUCAUGGACGAGGAAGCGCUGAAACGGGGACCGGUUCGGGUGGUGAAGCUAAACGUGAUUGAUGUGAACAGUGCCGUUUUAAGCAGCGGACCGUCACUCGUCGGACUUAUGGUGGCUGUUUUCGGCCUUUUGCUAGUUAUAUAAGCGGUGGCUGACUAUGCAGUGUUGUAUUGGUGUAAAUAUUUUAGCUUGCCAUUAGUGAUUGAGUUUAGAGAUUCUUAGGUUGGAAGGUCGUUUGCAAUCUGUCUUGUUGUAUUCAAACACACAAAAAAAACGCUCAAUUAAAAUAUCGUCAACGAACAAAGGUUACCACCACCACUGACAAAGCGGAACCGAUGAAACCUUCAAAACGAGAAAAUCCCAUCUUGGCGGCCGGGGGGCGGUACAGUGUAGAGUCGGUAAUUCGAAACGCGCACUGCUACGAUGACUAAAACCAAAUGAGUCUUGCUUAGAGUGUAGAGAGAGAGAGAGAGAGA